CGCGAUUGGGCGCCCAGCGACUUGGGCUGGGAAUCCUCUGCUCCGAGGACGCCGGGCGGGGGCGCUCGACGGGUAUCGAGCUGCUUCGAAAGUCUCGUGGCCGGAAGUCGCCGACCUCUGGGGCCUGGAUUUAUCUCACAAAAGAGUACUUCGUCAGGAAAAUGAAGCACUGGAAGUGCUUCUCAAAGGCAUCAGUUACUGAUGUUCUGAAACCAGAUAAGCCAUGCUCAGGAAAAGACCACAAAGUGCAUUUGUCAAAUACUGUAAAGGGAACGGCAGUACAACAAACUAAUAAAGAUAUUUCAGCCCAAAGGAUACAGAGAGCUUGGCUAUCUCAUAUGGACCAAACAAUAUUUCAACUCCUAAAGCACACGAUUCGUGCAGCAGAACUUCGUGUGACACAUCAAAUACUGAAGGAAGUGAGCCCCUUAGAGGCUGAGCUUGUGAAAGAUCCUAGCAUGAAGUGUAAAGUUAGAUUCAGAUUUAGUGGUGAAACAUUUCCACCUGUCAUCGUAUUUAAAAUUUUUCUUCAUACCGAAGGACAUGGUUACAACUAUUUCAGUGGAAAAAAAUUCUUAAAGCCAUCGAGUGAGGCAGUGGCCGAUGCUUGCAAAAUAAUGGGGAAAAGGAGAUUUUGUCAUCAAGUUAUGGAAGAGGAACGUUUUUUCCAGAAGUUCAAAAUAACUGAUGAAAUUGAUAUUGUCACCCUGCAAGAUUACAUGCAAUACUCCAGUCUUCUGGAUGAGACUCCUGCAUCCUAUGGUGGCAGAAAUAACUACUGGCGAAAAUUAAACCUCAAAAACAUCCCCAGGACGAUGAUAAUAUAUGACAUAGUUCAUUAUGCAGAGUCUGGAAUAAUCUCACACCGUCUACAAAAAGAAAUGAAGUAUCUGUUACAGAAGCCACAAACGGAAGAGAUGCGUAAGCACCAGCUACGGAUUGUUUCUGAAGUUAGAAGCCCUUCAUCCUUUCCAACUAUCCAACCUUUGUAUGGGCCCUACCAACAGCAGAGUCAAAUUCAACAUCUGGGUCGUCGAUCUAAGCAAGCUCAAAUGAAAGUUGAAAAAAUGAAAAAAGCUUACAAGAUGGCUAAAGAAAAAAAUGCUUCUGUGGGGACUGAACCACAGACAGAUACAUCACGUACAAAGCAAAAAAAGACAGUCAUCUUCUCCUCCCCAUCUUCUGACAUCAUGAAAGUUGAACCCAUGUCAGAUGAGGAAUUGAAAAAAGAAGAAAAGGAAUUAUUUGCCUGGUGUCAAGGCUUGUGUAUUAAUAGUUCUCCAUCAUAUUAAUGCACAGCUAACUGAUAGAAACCCAAAUCAUUUAACAAUGUGCUUGUCUUGCUAAUAUGAGUAUUAAAGGACAAUGAAAUGUCCACAAGCCCUCAGGAUGCUCUCUUAACCAAAUAAAUGUGUGACCGAUUCUUAAGCCCUUUUUGUAUUACUAGAAGUACAAAUAUUUUUUACUGACAAAAUUUUAAUCUGAAUAAAUUAUUUCUAGUAGAUGCCCUCGAACUAGCUGUAUACAGUUUGAGUCAAGAAAUGAUGUGCAAAUUAGUCCCUGGAAUUUUUAUUCAAUUUUGAUUUUCCUUCAUUUUUGAAAAGCAUCUGAACAGGUCAUGCUUAGCAUAAAUAUCAGAAUUCACAGAAGAAAAGGUUGCUCUUGAGUCAGCUUCCAGUUCCUUUUUUUUUUUAAACUGGCAUGUUGUCUUCACAGAGCACCUUGUGAUAGACCUAUUCGAAAUUAUAAUAAAAAUAAUAAUGAAUUUUUUGCUACAGUAGGCAUGACAUAGCAUACCUAAUCAUUAUCCAGGAUCCUAAGGACCUGGGGCAGAAAGUUGUGCAUGCUUUCAACUUGUAUGUGAAUAUUUUUCAAAUAUUAAAAUUGUUUUGAGGAAUAUUCAUCAAUUUCCUUUUGAAUUGAUAAUUUUAUUCCUGACAUAGUAUAAAUUAUUGAUACUUCUUGUGAUCUAGGCUAUUGGAUUAUAUCAAACCUUACCAGCAGCUAUGAUAAUUAAACAAAGUGUAUUCUUUAUUGAACUAUAAAAAUACAAUUUUUUAUUUGGUUUACAAUUUAAAAUGUGAAGAUCGACUGCUGAUUUAACUCAGGCAAAGCAGCCUAUAAAUGGAUCUCAUUUGCUUUUAAAACAUCCUCUCUUUUUAAAAAAUUUUUUAAAUGUUUAUUCUUGAGACAGAGACAGAGACAGAGCAUGAGUGUGGGAGGGACAGAG